AUGUAUUCAUUACAAACAUUACCCAUUGAAUUGGUUCAUCGAAUUUUCGAUCAACUCGACAUACAGACAAUUAUUUUUUCAAUUCGCUCUACAUGUAAAUUACUUUAUGCAAUUACCAAUACUUAUAAUCGCUGUGCGUUGAACUUUCGUUAUACGUCAAAAUCGGAUCUAUUACUCAUGUCACUUAUUAUUGAUCCUAAAAAUGUUAUUUCACUCACGCUUUCAGAUGAAAAUGAAACACAUAGUGAAAUUCGAUUCAUGUUUUCCCACUUUCAUAUUGACCAAUUUACUCGACUACGUUCAUUGACACUUUCUAAUAUAAAAUACGAUGAUUUAGAAAAAUUUCAAAAACACAUUAUGAACUAUCCUCUAAAACGGUUCUCUAUUUCAUCAAACAUUCUUGAUAGCACCAAAAUUGCAACAUCCAUAUCAUUCAUUCUAUCGCAUCACAAUCUUCGUGAAUUUGAGUUCGAUGGAAGUGAACAAAUUCUCAAUGAAAUACAAUGGCCUGUAUCAUGCCGAUUGGAACACGUUACAAUAGCUCAAUGGUAUAGUUGGAGUACAGUUUAUUUCGUUCUUUCUCAUUUACCUUUCCUGAGAGCAUUAGUUUUGAAAGAUGAUUCUGCUGGAGUUUCAUUUAAACAUUCGAUUAUUACGCAAUAUGAUAUCAAGCAGUUAUGUCAUUUAUCUUCACUCUCAUUAAACAGUCGUUACAAUCUAACAACAGAUAAUAUACAAUCACUUCUUGUGCAUCUACCUAUGCUAACACAUCUUCGACUGAUUGGUCUACAACAUUUAUCCGAUAUUUUCUUAUUCGAUGGUUUUCAAUGGGAGAAUUUUAUUGAAAAGAAAUUAUCUGCUUUGAAAAAGUUCGAAUUCUGGUUUAGGAAACAAUUAAAUCCCCAUGAAGAUAAUACUACUGUAGAAUCAAUAAUUUCAACAUUUCGAACAUCAUUUUGGCUCAAAACUAAAGGUUGGUUCGUUAAAUGUGACCAUGUAGAAAACAGAUAUGGUCAACAGUUGUAUCUCUAUUCUACAACAAUCUGCCAAGAUAGUUUUGAUUAUUUGAACGGAGAAAAUACAAUUCUGCGUUCGGCAACGAACAAUAUGAAUAACCAUUCUGCAGUCAUUAUCAAUACACAACGAUUAUCCUUAGAUUUAAAUAAAUAUAUCAGUAAUGAUACACAGCAAAAUACGAAUGGAACAACGCAAUAUCUAUUUCAAAACGUGAGAGAACUUACACUGAUGAUUGGUUCUCACUGGCCAAUGAGAUCAAUUAAAUAUCUCUCUACAAUUCUUAAUCUCUCAAACCUUCAAAUAAUAUGCUUGCAUUGUAAACACAGAUCUCACAUUGAAACUCAUGGUUUAGACGCCGUAAUCGGUACUUUAUUCAAAUAUACAUUGAAUCUUCGCUCAUUUCAAAUAAAUUGCAAUAAUUUUCAGACGAUGCUAUCGAUGUCUCUGAAUGAUAUUUGUUUAAAAUUACCUCACCACAUCAAGCAUCUUGCUACUGAUAUUAUAAAUAUGAAUGAUGCAAAGAUGAUAUUAGAGCGAGCGGAACAUUUAUCUAAUGUCACAUUUUAUAGACGUGAUACAUAUAGUUUCGCCGAUGAGAUCAAUAUAUGGCUCAGGCAACAUGCCAGUGAUUCAAUAUGUAAAGUCGGUCGAGACUUUCGGUUUAGCAGUUACAACGAUGAGCUUCAUUUUCCAGUACAUAUAUGGCUUAACAACAGUCUGCAUAAGCAAUCCAACACACCAGUUAGUGAAAAACGAGUUAAACGAACGCAUUACACAUGA